AUCAAUCGUUGAAUUUGGCAUUUGGCUGCCAGCUUGCCUUUGUGACACUGUGCUACUUUCUCGCUUGCUUCAUUGAGUGAUUUUAGUUAUUAAUCGUAGUUACAGUUCAAAGUCCAAAGACUUUGAGUCGUAAGGGCAUUUAAGUUUUGCACUUAAUUUAAAGAAUUAUUAAAAUGAACCCCAUGUCAAAAGUUUUACGUACAACACGGCCCAUCUACCGAAGUCUGUCUACAACUGCCGCUGUUGCCUCAGCGAAACCUAUUCCUACAACUGGAUUUUGUUUUGAAUUAAAUGAUGAGCAGAAAGCACUGCAGGAUCUGGCGCGUAAGUUCACCAAGGAAGAAAUAAUACCAUCGGCUGCUCAGUAUGACAAAACUGGUGAAUAUCCUUGGCCGAUUGUCAAGAAGGCAUGGGAGCUUGGACUUAUGAAUGGACACAUUCCGGAACAUUGCGGGGGUAUGGGAAACUUUGGUGUUUUUGAAGAGUGUCUUACGGCUGAAGAAUUUGCGUUCGGCUGCACAGGCAUAACUACUGCUAUUGGAGGAACUGGUCUUGGACAAACUCCAGUUAUUAUUGCUGGCAAUAAAGAACAGCAAAAGAAAUAUCUCGGAAGACUUAUUGACGAACCCCUUGUUGCUGCGUAUGGUGUAACCGAGCCCGGGGCGGGUUCCGAUGUAGCUGGUAUAAAGACUCGUGCAGAGAAGAAGGGAGAUGAAUGGAUUCUCAACGGCCAGAAGAUGUGGAUCACCAAUGGAGGUGUCGCUAACUGGUAUUUCGUUCUGGCUAGAACCAAUCCAGAUCCGAAGUGCCCGGCGAGCAAGGCUUUCACUGGUUUCAUUGUGGAGAGGGAGUGGGCCGGAGUUACACCCGGACGGAAGGAACAAAACAUGGGCCAGCGAGCGUCCGACACUCGAGGUAUCACUUUUGAAGAUGUCCGUAUUCCGAAAGAGAAUGUCCUUAUUGGGGAAGGCGCUGGCUUCAAGAUUGCUAUGGGCGCGUUUGAUAAAACAAGACCACCGGUUGCUGCUGGGGCGACGGGUCUUGCGCAGCGUGCGUUGGAUGAGGCAACGCGGUAUUCAUUAGAACGCAAGACAUUCGGUGUUCCUAUCGCACAUCAUCAAGCGGUCGCGUUUCUCCUAGCUGAUAUGGCCAUCGGCGUAGAAACAGCUCGCUUGGCGUGGCAACGCUCUGCCUGGAUGGUAGACCAUGGUCAAAAGAACACGGUAAUGGCAUCGGUGGCGAAAUGCCACGCUUCAGAGAUUGCAAACAAAGCGGCGUCUGAUGCUGUUCAAGUAUUCGGCGGUAAUGGCUUCAAUACAGAAUAUCCUGUAGAAAAACUCAUGAGAGACGCCAAAAUCUAUCAGAUUUACGAAGGCACCUCACAAAUUCAAAGGCUCAUCAUUUCCAGGGAACUUUUGACCGCAGCUAAACAAACUAAUGCAUAAUCCACUUUUUAUAACAGCUAACUAAUUAAAGUUUUUAGUGUUUUAACUUGGAUGUUAGAUACAUCUUAUUCUUUUAACAAGAAAUAUAUAAGAUAUAGUGUGAUGUAUAAAAAUAUAACUCAGGUGUGCAUAUAUUUUUUUAAGAAUAUACAAAUUUAUAAUUCAUGUUGGAUUGUUUGUUGCAUGUUUUGUAGUAUUUGUAUUUUUCGAUAAUAAAAUAUUUUUUACUAUU